AACAAACUGAAGUGAAAUUAAAGCAUUAUUUCUCAUAUUUGUGACAGGUUUUUUUUUGGGAGACUCCCUGAAGGACCCUUGUGGUCCCCCCCCCCCCCUCCUCCUGAAGGAGAGCCCUGAUUGUGCUCCGGCCAUUCAUGUCUUGGAUGGGAGGAGUUAGAGGAACCAGAGAGAGAGAGAGGGGUCAUAACAAAAUGUGUGUCCCCGACUAAAGCAGCAUUCUUUCCGCCCUGCUCCUGGUCCUGGUCCAUCCUGAGUGUCUCUGUGUGAGGAGGUUUUUAAAUGGACUCUAAAAGGAGUCAGAGCUGCUUGUGACUGACUGUCCUCUCCAGUCUGAACCGAAGCACAGAGGAUGGAUGGAAACGUCUCACCGGCUGCUCUCUGCUCGCUCGUCUUCCUCUCCGUCUUCUUGUCAUCCUCCUCUUCUGCUGCAGCCUUCCUGCAGCCGUACGACCUGCUGUACGACAAUGCGGUGCAGGCGUUUUACAGCAACGACUACAGCGACGUGGUGCGCUACAUGGAGGCGGCUCUCAGCAGCUACACUGAGGUCCGGAGCACCCGGGUCCGGUGCCGGCUGCAGUGUCAGGACCAGCAUCCCUUUGACGAGACCUACUCGGACCUGCGCUUCUCCGACGUGGUGCUCCGGAGAGCGGCGUGCAUGAACGCGUGCAUCGAGGAGAAACUGGGCUCUCAGUCUGUGCACAAAGUCAGCGAGGAUGUAGUGCAGGACUUCCACAGGAGGAUCCCAUACAACUACCUGCAGCUGGCUUAUCAGAAGUUGAAGCAGCCUGACAAGGCAGCGGCGGCGGCUCACACCUAUUUCGAGGCCAACCCAGAACAUGUUGAGAUGGGUCAGAACCUGGAGCAGUACAAAGACUUGCAGGGCGUGGAGGAGGACCACUUUGUGGACCGAGAAGCCCGGCCUCACCAGCACUCCUUCGCAGCAGCAGUGAGGCUGUACGAUGAAGGCGACCACGAAGGAGCCAUCGCUCUGUUCGAGGCGGCUCUGGUGGAGUACUAUAAAGCGGAUUCGGAGUGCCGGGCCCUGUGUCAGUGGCCGCAGAGGUUUGAGGGCCACGACCAUCUCCGCUACCGUUACAGCCUGCAUGAGCUUGUAUCAGAUCACUUCACUCAGGUGCUGCACUGUGAACACGAGUGUGUUCGAGACCUCGCCACCCGGCCAGGCCGCCUCUCGCCCAUGGAGAACUACCUGCCUCUGCACUACGACUACCUGCAGUUUGCCUACUUUCACGUGGACAGGCUGGAGGAGGCGCUGCAGUGCGCUCUGACCUACCUGUUGUUCCACGAGGGAGAGGAGUCCAUGACGGACAACGUGGAUUACUACAGAGAGCUGCUGGGACACGACGGCAAGCCAAGAGAGGAAGCUGCUUGGUACCUGAGGAGGCACAAACAGGAACUGGCGCUCCUUCUGAUAGGCAGCAAAACCAUGGGUGUGGAAUUUACAGAAGGGAAUUACUGGGGCAGCUCAGGUGGAAGAGAGAACUCAAACAGGAUUCCCUCCGGUACAGACGGCUGGAUGGAGUAUGUUCCCAUUUCAGAGAAGAAGAACGUCACCGUCGCUGCUCCACAGCAACUCAAAGAAGGUGGCCCCUUGGUGUACGACAGCGUGCAGCUGGUGCAGAACUCUGCAGCCUUGAACGGGACCCAGCGGGUGCUGCUGGAUCAUGUUAUAUCUGAGGAGGAGUGUUCAGACCUCAGACGCCUGGCACAUGCUGUCACCAUGGCCGGAGACGGUUACAGAGGGAGGAUGUCUCCACACACUCCCAAUGAGAAGUUUGAAGGAGCCACUGUACUCAAAACCCUGCAGUACGGCUACGAGGGCAGAGUGCCGAUGAGGAGCGCUCGCUUGUUCUACGACAUCAGCGAGCGAGCGAGACGGGUUAUCGAGUCUUACUUCCUGCUCAACUCCACCCUGCACUUCUCCUACACACACUUGGUGUGCCGCACAGCCAUCACAGGCCAGCAAGAUCACAGGAAUGACCUGAGCCAUCCCAUCCAUGCUGACAACUGUCUGCUGGACCCCGAGGCCAAUGAGUGCUGGAAGGAACCACCAGCAUAUACAUACAGAGAUUACAGUGCACUGUUAUAUAUAAAUGGAGAUUUUGAAGGAGGGGAGUUCAUAUUCACAGAAAUGGAUGCCAAAACAGUCACGGCAUCAGUGAAGCCCAUGUGUGGCAGGAUGGUGGGUUUCUCAUCAGGAGGGGAGAAUCCACACGGUGUGAAGGCCGUCACCAGCGGGCAGAGGUGUGCCGUCGCUCUGUGGUUCACCCUGGACCCGCUCUUCAGAGAACUGGAGAGACUACAGGCAGACGAGGUGAUCCAGGCGUUGGACACACAGUCUGUGUGGGGUCAAGGCCUCAACAUCAACCCUAAAGAUGAACUGUAAAACCCCAUCCCCUUCUAUCAAAUACUUCUAUAUAUUUUAACUAUUUAUUGAAUCGACUUUUGGAUCAGAACUUUUCUAUUUUUGUACUGUUUGAAGUGCAAGAUUAAUAAUGUCAUUUUUGUGUUCUCAGUCGUAUUUUUUGAAUGUUUCUCUACACACAAGUACUUGAGUUUACCUUUUGCUCUUUGUCUUUCCCUCCAGUGACCGCUUCUAGUCUAGAAAAAAAAUCCAAUUCACUUUGUUUUAUUGUACCUGGUAAGCAGGCGGUUUCAUUUAAGACUGAUCAUAUCCGUAAUCUCACUGAACUGUGAAGAAGCCAAAGAGAAGAACGGUAGUUAUCUUUUUUUUGUUUGUUUUGAGUUCUUGUUCUGGACAACAUAUCCAAUAUUCAGAAACACUAUGUACAGAUAUAAAAAAAAAAAAAAAUACUUUAAUUUCAGUGGUCAGUAUUUCAAAAUAAUCCACAAAUGGUACUGUUACAUAUGCAAUUAUUAACAUUAUGUUAUUCAAUGUUUUUUCAGUGCCAGUAAUAAUUUUCAACGUAGGCAGUGCACUGUUUUUCUAAUUUGGGUACCUGAUUUUCAAAUAGCACUCAUACAAAGAGUUUAAGAAAGAGAUAUGUUCUAAUAUGCUGAAUAUUUAAUGAUCAUGCACUCUGUCCUUCUCUGUGUGUCUAUUACUUUGUCCACUUUUCCUCCUCUUGUUGGCGUGAUGAAUCACUCCCUUCCUUUCUAGGCACACAGAGCAGAAUAUACUGGUUUACAUGUUCACUGACAUGUUUUACUUUUAUUUAUGUUUUUAAUAAUAGACAGCUGCUGUCGUAACUGUCUGCAUUUAAUAUGAGGAACUUUUUAUCAUAAAAGUUGUCAAUCGUUCCUGUUUCAAGGAAUACAUAUUUGUAUCUAUCUUUUAUGUCUUUAUAUUUGUGUUGAUGAUAGGCCGAGUCGUGCACUGUAAAUCCAAUGGAAAGAAACGUACAAAGAGUUGCUUUUUUUUCCUACAUAGAUUCAAACUGCUAACCAGAAACUUAAAUCCUGUCAUAUUAUGAGGUUGGCCACUUUUGUUUCACUGAUAUUUAAUUCUGAAAUGCUGUAGCACACCAAAAUGUUUGUGUACAUGCCUAUUAAAAAUAUAAAAUUA